AUGGAGCCACAUGCGGCCAUGCUCUUGAACCCCAAGGGCUAUCGAAAGCAGGCUCCACGGAAUGGUAACGACCUCAUCACGUCCCCUUUACCCACGCCUGACAACCAGCAUCCUAUUGCGGCUGUCUUGGAUCCUAUUCGGACACCUCCCUCUCCAGAAGAAUCCUUUUCACUCUCACCAACCGAGGAUCCAGAGUCGUCUGAACACACCAGCUUACAAUCUUCAGGCACCGCUCAGCAAACUCACUCCCGAUCUCCCCGAGAACCUACCUCCCAGAUUGCACCCAUCGCGCCACCAGGCACAGUUCCGAUCAUGCGCUCCCGGCCGAGUCAGCCCUCGAAUGAGGACCUCACCGUCGUUUUUACCAACACUCGCGACGGCGAGGAAAGCGACACUAAGCGGAACUACCAGGAGAUUAGUGACGGCGACGACCCUAGACCUCGAUCGCGCAACCUAAUCGAAAAUGUCUAUGAUGUUGAACAGCGCCGACACGGGUACCAACCAGCCAAGAAAGUGAAGUUGGAUGGUGCCGCCACUCCAGGCAGCGCGGCGGCCAAGCCCGUGACUGCCGGAGAUAAUGGUCUGGGCCAGUGGAUGAAAGAAGGCGAAUCCGAGCCAACUUCGACUUCAACAUCGACCCCGGCUGCGUCUGAUGUGGUGGACCUGACUGCAGAUCUUCCAAAGGCCGCGGAAGACGACGAUGUGCAGGUCACUGGUUCCAAUGAUCUCAGCAACCAGCGGGUGUGCUAUGGCAAGCUGGAGAGUACGAUGAUCAAUGCGUAUCUUGUGCCAAAGCCUCGAGCGAACGCCGUGAUUGGAUUGGAGUCACUCCAGUGGUCUUCGAUGAAGCUGGACUUGGUUCGGGAGGCACGAAAGGGAGACAGUCGCAUCGACGUCAAAGAUCCCUUUGGCAAAUUGUUUGGGACUGUCGAUACGAAGACUGCUAUCGCACUUUGCCCUCUGCUGGACUCUCCUGCCUUGAGCAUCGACGUUACUGCACGUCUGGAUAUGCGAAAGAAGAUUCCCGGAGAGGAAGUGUGGCAGCCGACCCAUGGGCUGUAUCGGGCAUCGAUUACCAUCUACGGACCGCGGAAGCAUGUUGAGAAAGUUGGAAUCUUUCUUGGUCAGCAGAAUGUUUGGCUGGGAACUCCAGUAUUUGUGGAAAAUGGAGUGCCUGUUUUCAACCCGCAUGCUGAACAAAGACGUGCAAUGGUGGCAGCAGCAGCGGCCAACAACGGCAAUCGCCCAGCCUCUACCAUUCGAUACGAAGUGCGCACGACUGAGGAGGUGACUGAUUCGGUGAUGAAAAUGUUUGACAAACUUGUCAGCAUGGAUAUCCCGAUGCUGGACCCACCCACCACGGUGAAAACGCCUCUUCUGGACCAUCAGAAACAAGCACUUUGGUUCAUGAAAGAGAAGGAAGCACCCCGCAAGUAUGGCGACAAAGAAGAGGAUCACAACUCUCUGUGGCGCAAGAUCGAACAGAAUGGCCGCACAAAGUACCGGGAUAUCAUCAGCGGAGUCAUUUGUGACGAGGAGCCCGCCCAGACUUACGGGGGCCUGUUGGCUGAUGUGAUGGGUCUAGGCAAAACCUUGAGUAUUCUCUCAUUGGUAUUGUCUACGCUUGACGAAGCAACCGACUGGGCUAGAAGGAUGCCCGAUCGUGACCUGGUUCGCCACAUCCCUGGGAUUCGCAACACCCGGACCACAAUUUUGGUAGUACCUUUGUCCACCAUUGCAAAUUGGGUCUCGCAGAUUGGCGAGCAUGUCAAGCCAGGCUCGUUGAAGUACUAUGUUUUUCAUGGUGCUUCACGGAACACUGACCUGGAGGAGCUCUCCAAACUUGAUCUGCUGAUCACCACAUACUCUACUGUAUACAGCGAGAUGCUCGGACGAGGUGCGAAGCGUGGCAGUCCCUUGGCGAAGAUGAACUUGUUUCGAAUCGUUCUGGAUGAGGCACACACCAUCCGAGAGCUAUCCAACCAACAGACUAAAGCAGUCUUGAGCCUCCAAGCGCAGCGUCACUGGUCUGUUACUGGUACGCCAAUCCAAAAUCGUCUGGAAGAUCUACUCUCGGUGACUAAGUUCUUGCGUCUGUUCCCUUAUGAUGACCGGGCUAGAUUUACUCAACAUGUCAUCAGCCCGAUGAAAACUGGGAACGCUCAUGCCCUUGCAAGCUUGAGAGUCUUGAUUGACUCCUUCACGCUGCGCCGAGUGAAGAAGAUGCUUGAUCUGCCAGAGCGGACGGAAAAGAUCGUGACGUUGGAAUUCUCAGAGAAGGAAGCGCAGCUGCAUGAGUUCUUCCGCAAUGAAUCCAACACCAUGAUGGGUGUUAUUGCGAAAGAGAGCAAGAAGACCAUCAGCGGCCGCAUGUACCACGUUGUACUAAAGGCAAUGAUGAUUCUCCGUCAAGUCAGUGCUCAUGGCAAGGAGCUUCUGGAUGUUGAAGACCGCGAGAGAACCAAGGGACUGAGUGUGCAAGAUGCAAUCGAUCUUGAGGACAGUGAACCAGACGAGAAUCAAGACGCGUUUGACAAGAAGGCCCUUCGUCAUGUCGAUCUUAUGGUCCAGUCGGGCGAUACCUGCAAGCUCUGCGACAAGCUCAUCGAGGCGCCUAUGUCGGAGACUGGCGCUCAAGACAAGAAUGCCCCGAUGGCUAUUUAUCUCCCUUGCCUAUGUGUUCUCUGCCCGGAUUGUUUCUCCCCCUGGAAGGCCGUGUUUGACUCCAAGCCGGACACGGAAAUUCAGUGCCAAGUCUGCCAGGGCUGGACCCGAGUACAAUACUCUGUGGUCACUGCCGCUGGUCUUGACAGGUUGCAGAUCCAGCGAAAGGAAUCGCGCAAGAAUGGUAAGAUUCUUGGUGAGUACGAGGGUCCGCAUACGAAGACCAUCGCUCUUAUUGAGAAUCUCCAAUCCAUCGCCGCGGAAAGCAAGACGCUGGUUGGUGAGAAACCCAUCAAAUCUGUGGUUUUCUCGCUGUGGACCUCGCAUCUGGACCUGAUCGAGAUUGCUUUGAAGCACAAUGGCCUGGACAGCUUUACCCGACUGGACGGAACCAUGACCUUGAAGGCCCGUAGCAAGGCGCUCGAUCUCUUUGCCAGGGAUGACUCUGUGACUAUACUACUGGCCACUAUCGGUGCCGGUGGUGUUGGUCUGAAUUUGACCUCCGCAUCGCGUGUCUUUGUCAUGGAGCCACACUAUAACCCAGCCGCAGUCGCCCAGGCUGUUGAUCGUGUGCACCGCUUGGGCCAGCAUCGCGAGGUGGUAAUUAUGCAGUUCGUCAUGAAGAACAGCAUCGAGGAGAAGAUCCUCGAGCUCGCACGGAAGAAACAAAAGCUCGCGGACAUGAGUAUGAACCGCGGUAAGCUGGACAAGGGCGAAGCCCAGGAGCAGCGCAUGCGGGAGUACCGCAGCCUGUUCAAGUGA